AAAGUGUGUGUGUGAGAGAGGAGUGUGUGAGUGAGUGAGUGAGUGAGUGAGUGCGUGUGCGCGCACCCGCCCGCAACCGGUCCAUCCGUGUUAUUUCUUCCGCCAUCCCGCCUCGUCUUUCGGUCAUGACGCUAGAAGCGAUCCGUUACCGGGCCGGGUCUCUGCAGAUCCUCAACCAGCUGCUGCUGCCACACCAGACCGCUUACGAUGAGAUCCGCUCGGUGCAGGACGCUUACGAGGCCAUCAAGUCCAUGAAGGUGCGUGGCGCGCCGGCCAUCGCCAUUGUCGGCUGCCUCAGCCUGGCUGUGGAGCUGCGGGCAGGUGCCGGCGGUGAUGACCCUGUGACCUUCAUCAGGGAAUCUCUGUGCCACCUGACCUCAGCCAGGCCCACCGCUGUCAACAUGGGCCGCGCCGCCCGCGAGCUGAUGGAGUUUGCUGAGAACGAGAGCAUGGAGAAGAACUCGGAGCAGCUCAGAGAAAGUGUAAUUGCCUGGAUCGAAGACAUGCUGGAGCGUGACGUCAACGACAACAGGAAGAUCGGUAACUAUGGCGCUCAGCACAUCCUGUCUGGCGUCCCGCGGGACUCUGUUACCAUCCUCACACACUGCAACACUGGCUCGCUGGCCACAGCUGGAUACGGGACUGCGCUGGGCGUGGUGCGAAGCCUCCAUGCGCUGGGCAGGCUGAAGCGUGUGUACUGCACAGAGACGAGACCGUACAACCAGGGAUCCAGGCUGACGGCGUAUGAGGCGGUAGCAGAGGGAAUCCCUGCUACACUCAUUACAGACAGCAUGGCAGCUCUCACCAUGAGAGAAAUGGACAUCACAGCCGUGGUGGUGGGCGCAGACAGGGUGGUUGCCAACGGUGACACGGCCAACAAGGUGGGCACGUACCAGCUGGCUAUCGCUGCAAAGCACCAUGGGAUUCCCUUCUAUGUGGCCGCACCCAGCACGUCGUGCGACUUGAGCCUGGAGAGUGGCAGGGACAUCAUCAUCGAAGUGCGCCCCCCUGAGGAGCUCACCAGUAUAAACGGAGUCCCCAUUGCUGCCCCGGGUAUCGAGGUGUGGAACCCAGCGUUCGACGUGACUCCUCACCAGCUCAUCACAGGAGGCAUCAUCACAGAGCUGGGAGUCUUCCUCCCCUCUGAGCUCCAGGCGGCGCUCACCGGUCGCCUCACUGCCCUCUAGAGCCACUCAGCCCCUCCUGCUGGUCCGUGUGCACCACUGCACCUUAACGUCAGACACUCAAAGACACUCUCAUCUCACCACAGAACACACACAUAUACACACACACACACACACAGAAACACACACAAACAGUCAUGGUUGUCGUUUGAUUUCAUUUUGAUAAACGCACAGUCACUGUUACAUGUCAGUGGUGCACACAGAAGAAAAAAUGUUCUUCAGUCUCUUACUCACCCACACACAAAUACACACUAAUUCACUGCAGGGAGUCAAGCAGACACACAUGUGCAGUCUCCCCUUUCUUUUUUGUCUGUCUUUUUCUUUUUUCUUUUUUUUUUGGUCUCUCUAUUUCACCUUCUCCCAAGUUUUCCAUCCCAUCUCUCAUUCCCUCUCACCGCCUCUUUGUCUGGCUUCUGCGAUAACGAAUAGCUGGACUCUAUUCCUUAAAUUCUAUUUGGCAAUCUGUUUUUAUGAGUCAUUACUGAGGUAAUUUUUCAGGGCUUCUUCAACUUCAAACAAAAAAAAACUUCCACAAAGGCUAAGACAUGACUGAUUUUUCAAAGUAGUGAUUUCAAUUAGCCAUGGUUUCUAAAAUGCUGCUACCCACUUGUAAAUAUACAUAUCCUGGCUGUUAGUGUGUACAUAUGUAGAAAACUAACCCCUGCUAGGAAAAGGUACUGCUAUUUUAACCAAAUAUGUGGUUAUUUAAAAUUAAAUUUGACAUCAAAAAUGUUAUAUUAACAUUUAAUUUCUUUUGUUCUGUGUUGAAAACUUUUGUAGAGGAAUAAUCCAAAUUUAUAGCUCAUACAUUUUACAACCAGAAAUUGUUAGUGGUAUUAAAAAUCCUAUUUCACUCACACUUUUUACCCUGUGCGGCAAAAUUUUGAACAAGUAGAAUUUUUCGAUCAGUCCUCGUUAGCUGAAGCCUAUGACAAUACACAACUGUAUUUGUACCUCAUUCCUUGUUUCUAACUUGCUAUUUCCAGUUCCACCAUAUCAUACCACACUUGUAUUAUCAUAAUGUACUUGUGUAUAUAUAUAUAUAUAUACAUAUAUAUAUGUAACCAUACUUAUUUCAGCACCGUACUGAUAUUCACUAUACUGCACAGCACACUCUAUAAGACUGAAAAAUCUCUAAAAAGGAAUUGGUGUCAUUUUUGCCAUGAGAGCUUUUGCUGUGAGCUGAGAAGUUUCUAAUGAUGUUGUAUUUCUGUAAUACAGGCAUCACAAUUAAAGGAAUAGUUCACCCCAAAA